GGCGGCUUCCGUCGCCUCGCAUUAUCCCCCGUCGUUGCCUAAACGCUUAAACUGAUGCCGAGGCAGGGCAGGGAGAGGCUCGACGCGAGACCCGAGACGUCGCCGAUGACCGGCGAAAGCGCAUUGCUUAUGGUUGUCGUGUGCGGGGAGCCGGCCUGAGGAGGGCGGUCUUAUCCGAGGAUGGCCACCGACAACAGGAUCCAUUUUUGGAGGAGAAACGCAAAGGUUCCCGGAAGUGUGCAGCCUGUUUAUGGAGCACAGCAUCCUCCUCUGGAUCCGCGACUGCGACGCUUGUACCCCAAAGACACCAAGCUGAAGUUCAACAAUCUGAAGUCGAAAAAGACGUCGAGUUUCCACGAGUUUGCCCGCAGCACAAACGAUGCCUGGGACAUUGACGACGACCAGGAAGAUGACGAUUUCUUUGGAGGCCCCGCCCUCUGCUCUACCCUGCCAUCUGGGUUCACUCCAAAACAGGUAGCUACUUCAACCUCACUUAUUGUUUUUAAUGCAUUUAAAGAAGUAGUACAAAAAAUCCCACAACAAUUAUCCACAACUAAGGGAAAUGUGUACGAUGUCUUUUCUGCUGAGCAGCAUGGUGGAAUGUCACACUUGACAGGGGAGGACGCGGAGCACGAGCAUGUCAACGGCAAAGUUGUCAAGUCCAACAGCGAGGUGCACCUCAGCUCGUCCUCAGUUCGCUCCACGCUGCAGAAACAGCAGUCUCUCCCGGUUCGACCCAUUAUCCCGCUUGUGGCGCGCAUUUCGGACCAGAACGCAUCGGGAGCCCCUCCCAUGACGGUGAGGGAGAAGAGCCGACUGGACAAAUUCCGGCAGCUGCUCGCUAGUGCCAACACUGACCUAGAGGAGCUCCGUAAGCACAGCUGGUCAGGUAUACCCAGGGAGGUCCGUCCAAUCACAUGGAGGCUACUUUCUGGUUACCUGCCGGCCAACAAGGAGCGCCGUGAGCUGGUGCUGAAAAGGAAGCGGGAGGAAUACUUUGGCUUCAUCGUGCAAUAUUACCACUCCAGAACAGAUGAGCACUACAAAGACACGUACCGACAGAUUCACAUCGACAUUCCAAGGACCAACCCUCUCAUUCCAUUGUUCCAGCAGCCUGUUGUGCAAGAGGUGUUUGAGCGUAUUCUCUUCAUCUGGGCAAUUCGACACCCGGCCAGUGGUUAUGUCCAAGGAAUCAAUGAUCUGGUCACACCCUUCUUUGUUGUCUUUCUCUCCGAGUUUGUCAUGGAGGACAUGGAGAACUUUGAGGUCGCUGCCCUGCCUCUGGACACGCAAAGAAACAUCGAAGCGGACAGCUUCUGGUGCAUGAGCAAGCUGCUGGAUGGAAUACAGGACAACUACACCUUUGCUCAGCCGGGAAUCCAGAACAAAGUCAAAGCUUUGGAGGAGCUUGUCAGCCGAAUUGAUGAGGACAUUCACAAUCAUUUCAAAAAGUAUGAGGUGGAGUAUUUACAGUUUGCCUUCCGCUGGAUGAACAAUCUGUUGAUGAGGGAACUUCCACUGCGUUGCACCAUCCGUCUGUGGGACACCUACCAGGCUGAAUCCGAAGGAUUCUCCCACUUUCACUUGUACGUCUGCGCUGCGUUCCUCAUUGAGUGGCGCAAAGAAAUCCUCUCCAUGAUUGACUUCCAGGGCCUUCUGAUACUACUGCAGAACCUUCCCACAAUCCACUGGGGCAAUGAGGAAGUGGGCCUCCUGCUGGCUGAAGCUUAUAGACUGAAGUACGUGUUUGCAGACGCUCCCAGCCACUACAAGAGGUAGACGUCCUGUUCGCUGCACAUUCAACUAGACUCUGACGUCCCCUCAAAGACACUGACGUGUUGAUCUAAAACCGUCCUCACACUGGACUAAGGAGGUCCACACGGUGUUUAAAGAUCUCCAUCGUUUGCUAUUGAACACUGGACUGUUAGACUUUAAAGCACACGCCUACGCCAUCUUGCUGCAGUCAUGCGACUGAUUGUUUCUCCCGUCCUAAUGUCUUCGCAGGAGACCUUUUCGUCCUUUUUUAAAGGGACGACGAAUGUCUUGAUCAUUCAAAAUCGAAGAUGAUCGACACGUUUUAUUCUUACGGGUUUUGGGGUUACUGUUUUAAGGAUUAAUCAUUACCUAACAGGUAGAAAAUGUUGAUGUACAGUACAGUCGUCCCUUGUCUAUUGUGGCUAAUUGGUUCCAGGUCUGACCGUGGUAAACAAAUUUACACCAAUUAGGAUUAUUGUUAGUAAAUAUUUUCAUCAUUAGAGCAUAAACCUUAUGACUUUCUAAGUAUGUUUUUUUAACAUAAUCACAGCCCUCUAAAGUUUAAAUAACAUUCAUAUAGUCACCUUUACGUCCUGAGUAGUCUUGGGUUCAAUCCCGGGCUCGGGAUCUUUCUGUGUGGAGUUUGCAUGUCCUCCCCGUGACUGCGUGGGUUCCCUCCGGGUACUCCGGCUUCCUCCCACCUCCAAAAACAUGCACCUGGGGAUAAGUUGAUUGGCAACACUAAAUUGGCCCUAGUGUGUGGAUGUGAGUGUGAAUGUUGUCUGUCUAUCUGUGUUGGCCCUGCGAUGAGGUGGCAACUAGUCCAGGGUGUACCCCGCCUUCCGCCCGAUUGUAGCUGAGAUAGGCUCCAGCGCCCCCCGCGACUCCAAAGGGAAUAAGCGGUAGAAAAUGGAUGGAUGGAUGGAUGGAUGGAUAGUCACCUUUACACUAACCUUGAGUGUGUUCUACUGUAGAUUACAGUACUCACUGGUACUCAAGUGUCAUUGUUAUGACAGUCCCCCGGCCACUACAACACGACCACUACGUGGAAAUACUUCAUCACAUCCUGGGUAAUUAGCAUACUUGCCAACCUCGAGACCUCCGAACUCGGGAGAUGGGGGGGGCAGGGUUUGGUGGUAGCGGGGGUGUAUAUUGUAGCGUCCUGGAAGAGUUGGUGCUGCAAGGGAUUCUGGGUAUUUGUUCUGUUGUGUUUAUGUUGUGUUACGGUGCGGAUGUUCUCCCGAAAUGUGUUUGUCAUUCUUGCUUGGUGUGAGCUCACAGUGUGGCGCAUAUUUGUAACAGUGUUAAAGUUGUUUAUACGGCCACCCUCAGUGUGACCUGGAGGGCUGUUGAUCAAGUAUACAGGGCAUUCACUCAUGUGUGUGUAAAAGCCGCAUAUAUUACGUGACUGGGCCGGCACGCUGUUUGUAUGGAGGAAAAGCGGCCGUGACGACAGGUUGUAGAGGACGCUAAAGGCAGUGCCUUUAAGGCACGCCCCCAAUACUGUUGUCCGGGUGGAAAUCGGGAGAAUGUUUGCCCCGGGAGAUUUUCGGGAGGGGCACUGAAAUUCGUGAGUCUCCCGGGAAAAUCGGGAGGUUUGGCAAGUAUGGUAAUUAGUAGUAGUUAGAACUGGGCUUCAUGUGCUGAAACCACAGGCAUACAUUAUUUUGUAAAAACCUGGUCAACUCGAUCAUCGCAACUACGACCAUUAGCUCUGUUGUUAGCAUUCCGUGUUGUUAGCACGUUGUCAUUGUCACAUUGGUGCUAAUAACAGCCUUGUUAGCAAUAAGUGGCGCGCCAGUACCGCUUUGUCUCGUCUUUUGACUUUGCUCAAGGCUCACCAAUGUGGAGCAGUGUUAUUGAUGAGGCAGGGGUUGAAGAUGAACUGCAUCACAAAGUUGGUCUAAUUAUAGUCUCGGUGAGGUUAGCGCCAAGAAUAGCCGCCAUUUUGUUAGCAUUGUUCACCCUUAACCCGGAAACUUAAGUGCCACUUGGUGAAUAGCUUUAUUGAUCGCCACAAAAUAAUAAUAGAAAAUAAGACAAAUACUGCACUCCAAUAUGUAUAAGACAUAAAAUAAAUAAGGCUUAAUAUAAACACUGGAUUUAGGCAACAAAUAUGUACAAAAUGCUUUAAAAGAUAUGCCUUAUUUUCCGGACUAUAGACUGCAUCGCACCCACUAAAUUUUAGAAGAAAAAAAAAUAUUGUCCAUAUAUUAGCCGCACUGGACUAUAAUCCGCAGAUAUCUACGUUGUGAAAUGAGUUAUUUACACAUAAAUAUUUAUUAAAUGUUUAUUUACAUACCUUAAUUAUUUCCAAACAAUGUCUGUAACGCGGCAGUAAAACGGCUGAUCAAACCAAACAGAAGUCAUCGUCAUGGACCCACUAGCUGCGGAAGCUAGCUCUCCAAUCAGUUAAACACACUCAAUAACUCCACGGUGACAUUUUGGUGAAUUUAGUGAGGAAAUUGUGAAACAAACACUUUAAAAAGAAUGCCGUUGUAAGUUAAUAAUACUAACACAGACACUCGUAAACAUGUUAGCAUAUUAGCUAAUUCUACGACGCUAGCUUCAAAAAACUAUGCUAGCACGUACAAAUAUGCAUGAACACACUCCUACAGACAUCACACAUGAGACGGUUUAGUAAGUAAGAAUAGUUUUAGUAAUAUUGUAAAACUUACAAACAUUGCUUCAAGUGACGAAUGAAGAAUCCAUUCGAUCAGAAACGCUACGGACGGCUCGGAGACGAAACGGCACUUCUACUUCAGGUUGAAAGCACUAAAUAAAAAGAACACCGAAGCAUGGCGGCACCUGCUGUGAGCGAACUUGUUCAAAAGAUGGCGCAAUAGCACAAACAGUAACACACCUGUUCAUGAUUUAUGGUCGUCGUCGAAGAAAAAUCCAUAAAUUAGGGCACCGUUUCAUAAGCCUCAGGGUUCAAAGCGCAAGAAAAAAGUAGCGGCCUAGAGUCCGGAAUUUACGGUCUAUAUUUGGAUCUGCAAUGUCGUGAAGCCACACAUAUGGCAUGGGACGACUGUACUUGAAGAUAAUUGUUCUAUAUAUAAAAUAAAGCCAACUCCCCCUUUCAGAUACAUUUUGCUAGCUGUAAUUAGAAUCGGCCAAUCAAACGUCUCCGCUUCAAAGGUCCACCUAAUCUCAACAGUUUUUGAAUCUCAUGCUGUUAUUUCAUGGUGUGUUUCAGGUGUGCGUACUAAAAGGAGCAAAAAGGUGGACAUUACAUUUCUCUUCGCUAAAAGUGUUUUAGUUUCUCUUUACUUGUGAAUUGUAUUGCCUCCUUUUGUUGAGGAGAAAUGACCUACCAGGUUCAUGUAGCUUUAGAAGCCAUUGUAUCAUAAAAUUAAAUAUAUUUUAAUAUUUCACUUAAGGUACAUCUAGCAUUCCUAAAUGCACUUUGUAUUUUUUUUGUUACCCUUUGAUGUAUGAUUCAAUACGCAGAAGAAUAAUGAAUAGUUAUGACGAGGGGUGUACCGAUUCAAUAUUGUUAUCAGAUAUUUGUCCGAUACCAGCAAUAAAACUGGUAUCUGAUCAUUUCAGCCUGCAUCAACAAACAUCUGAUAGAAGAACUCCGACACAAGCAGCCUGUUCUGUUCCUGCUAACGACUCUUCCUGCAAUUUUAGCAAACAGAUACCAGAUUAUCUCCAUUUGAGAGUGUUUAAAACAUUAAAACUAGCGAUGUGUGCAUCGACACUGAAAUAUCGAUACUGCCGAUACCAGAUCUUUAUGCUCUAUUAUUUAUUUUUCAAUCAAAAUAUUGAUUCUUUUGAUAUUUUAGUUCAGGGGUGCUGAAACUUUUUCCACCAAGGGCCAAGUAUGCGGUGCCCAUAUUGAUAUUUUUUUUAAUUUAAAAAUAAAAAUGCUAAUAACAGAUAUUGGGUAAGAUUUGAUUAGAACAUUUCAGCUUUUUGUCAUUACACACCGAUUUUUUUUCUCUUUUGUUUACAUUUUACAUGUCAUUUUUCAAAUUAUUUUAUUUUUCAAUGAACUAACUAAACUUUGUUUAUGUUUUAGAUAUAAUUCAUUUUAAUUUUGAGAGCUGCUAAUAUUUUUAGAUCAGGUGUGUCUAAACUUUGUCUACCAAGGACCGCAUUCUGAAAAGUCAAGUAAAACAGAUAUUAGAUAUAUUUAAAGACAAAGUAAAUUAUUAUUAGUUAGAAAAUGUCAGCUAUUUGUCAUUACAUGAUCAAUUUUACUGUUGUUUAUUUUUUUAGAUAUACCGUAUUUUUCGGAGUAUAAGUCGCUCCGGAGUAUAGUCGCACCGGCUGAAAAUGCACAAUAAAGAAGGAAAAAAACAUAUAUAAGUCGCAUUUUUGGGGGAAAUUUAUUUGAUAAAGCCCAACACCAAGAAUAGAUAUUUGAAAGGCAAUUUAAAAUAAAUAAAGAAUAGUGAACAACAGGCUGAAUAAGUGAUUGUUAUAUGAGGCAUAAAUAACCAACUGAGAACGUGCCUGGUAUGUUAACGUAACAUAUUAUGGUAAGAGUCAUUCAAAUAACUAUAACAUAUAGAACAUGCUAUACGUUUACCAAACAAUCAGUCACUCCUAAUCGCUAAAUCCCAUGAAAUCUUAUACGUCUAGUCUCUUACGUGAAUGAGCUAAAUAAUAUUAUUUGAUAUUUUACGGUCAUGUGUUAAUCAUUUCACACAUAAGUCGCUCCUGAGUAUAAGUCGCACCCAGUCCGAAAAAUACGGUAUAUGUUAUUUUAGCAGACACGGUAUAUUUGCACAAAGUAUCUGUAUCGGAUUGGUAUCGCCAUUACCAGCCUGAAUUUUACUUGGUAUCGGAUCGGAAAGAAAAUCACACAUCACUACUAAAAACUGGAAUUACAGAAGUAUAAAGUACAGUAUGUCAAUAUAAGUUACAUGGGAUACAAAAUAACUUCUCUGUGACAUUCCAACAUUUAAAACCAAUGCGCUAGCUCGAUGCUAAUUUACAGUGGGUAUGCAGUUUACAUGCUACUGAUUAGCAUUAGUGAUUUUACAUGGCGAUUUCAACACCUCCGAAUUUGCAAAUGAAAACUACAACUUAUAUGUACGUUUACAAUCAAACAGCUGAUGUGUAAUAAGUACAAUACUUGCAGUAUAAACACUUUGUAGGACUCAACGAGAGACAAAACUGGCACGUUCGACCUAAUGGCAAAGACUAUUUCCUAACUACGACAGCACACCUAGGACCAACUUAAAUUAAUUUAUACUUGCAAAUGAUGCUAAUAUUACCCUGAUAUUGAUAUCGGACAAUAGUCGGAAGUGAAAAAGCUGUAUCGGGACACCCCUACUUGGUAUGACUAAAUGACUUUUGCUGCAACAGUAUUGAUUGUGCAAAACGUUGUGAAAGCAGUGCUCAUCUCGAUCAAUGCUCUGCAACUUUGUGUCUGUCCUCCUGAUUGCUUUUGAAUGAUUUUACCACUCGGACAUACUUAACGAUCCGUUCCGCGGUACCAAAGGACGCUGGUGAGUAUUUCAGAGUAUGUGCUCAAGAGUACAGUAUAUUGGUCGAUGCCUUUGUGAAGAUGUACUUCUGUCUUUUACCAUGUGACACAUAAAUGCUUUGUCCUCAGUCCUGCUUUUUAUCUCCUUGCUCGACUCGCAUUGUUCUUGGAUCGGAAGUAACGAAUGCGAUUUGAGGAAGUGCCGUAUUAACGUGAGAUUUACAUUUGGAAGAGUUGACAAUCCUAGACUUUGGUAUUGGCGUUUCCAUAAAUGUGAGUAGGUAAUUUUAAUGUAGGUCAAUGACAUGUGUUGUCAUGCUGCAUCUAAGGCCUGACAUUGUAUGGCAGCUAGGUAACAAAAUUAGUGUUGAGGAUUUUGUUUUGCUAUUCUAACAUGUCAGUUCAUGCAUAACAAGGCGGAGCUGCUUAUUGAGCAUUUACAUAAGAUACUGACGAUAAAUACUACACUUUUGUAUCUCAUUUGAGCCAGAAAAAAUGUUUGUUUCACCAUCCAUGAAUAUAUGGUUUAUUUUAAGCCAUUUUUUGGGGGGAAAGGCAAAGUAUUUCAGUGCUUCAUUCAUGCCUCUCUUCGAAGUAUUGUUCUUUCCAUAUUGUUUGGUUUUAAUAUUAACUCAAUAUCCUAAAAGAAGAGGUGUUCCUGAUUGUGUGUUGUUGCUGUUUAAUCAAUGUUUGCCAAAUGUUGCUUUGGGCCAAUACAAGCUGUGUUAGAAUGACUUACUUCAGCCUUAAAGGGAGUAUUUGAUUGUUACAGUACUGUAAUGUACAUUAUUUUUGUUUAUAUUAAACGAUUGCUAUGUUUUGUUUUGGGCAAUCA